AUGGUAAACAAUACGCUGGCCUAUCGUCAAAUCUACACACUAACAGUUGUUCGCGAUUUCCUCUCGUCAGCUCUACUUUUAGCCGCUCUACUCGGCGAUUUUGUUUCCGCCGAGCACAGCAAAGCGUCAAAAGCCACUCCGUUCUUUUUAGAGGAGACGCAUGAGAUUGGAUUAAAGAAUAAAGAUGGGAUUCCAUGUUUGAGUUUGGCUUUUCGAGCUGAAAUUGUUAACUACAAUACUGAUUUGAAUCACUCAAUGCCGUUCGAUUUCACGGCUGCUGACUUGAAGGGGAAUUGUGCAGAGGACUUGAAAAGGAAUGCUUAUAUUAGCGCCACUAUCAAGCACAACAAUCUGACCAAGAGACUUCAAUUCUAUUUUCACACGAAAAACAUCUACAUCAAACAGUACGAAGAGCUACGCUGGCAAAUGCGUAAAGUCAUCUACUCGGAGACAUCUGAUGGCGAAACAAUUUAUUUCGAGUCGAGAAACGCAUCGAUCGUGAUGAGCGCACCGUUGAAUCAGAAAUUCGUUUGUCGGGACAAGCUCAACGUCACCCUGUUCAAUCCGGUCUACAAAGAUGUUGUCAUCGUUUUCCCACCUGAAAUCGUGGCUCAACCGUAUGGGCUGAAGAGUAAUUUGUUCAUCUGUGAGCGCACACGGAAACGAAGUCUCCGCGAGAGUUUCAACACGAAAACAACGAUUUUCUCCGGCGUUGUCUUAGCUCUUUCAUCAAUCGCGAUGAUCGUUUGGCAUUCAGUUCGACGCCACAUGAUGCCCGAUCGAAAACAAGAAUAUUUAAAUAUUAAUGAA